UUACCAAAGGCAAAGGACGUUAAAUUAUUUUCCACAUUGAUAGUUUCUGAAGCGGAGCAGGCGUAUCAACGGUUACAGGACGGUUUCGAUUUCGACACAUGGCUAAAAUUAGGAAAGGCUGCGUUGGCAAGAGUUAUUGUGUACAAUAGACGUAGAGUCAGUGAAGUUGCAAGUAUGUCGUUGGAAUUGUAUAACAAAAAAAUCGAACUUGAUGAUGAAAUACUUCAAUCCCUUCCAAUGUAUCAACGGGAGUUAGCGAAUAAAUACAAAGUUAUGACUUUGAUUGGAAAGCGUCUACAUAUAUUACAUGUGCUGUUGGACGAAAAUCAAUGCAGGUAUCUAGAUAUGUUUCUCCAAUAUCGAAAAGAAGCUGGUGUUCCCUAUUCAAACAAUUACCUUUUUGGUAUACCUACGAGAGCGAUGUUUAUCGAUGCUUCAGUUGUUUUAAGAGAUUACUCAGAGAAAUGUGGUGCUGAAGAACCGCAUCUUUUACGUUCCACUUAUUUAAGAAAACAAGUCGCAACCCUUUCCCAAUUGUUAACAAUGAAUGACAAUGAAAUCGGUCAGAUUGCAAAAUUGAUGGGUCAUAGUCAGAAAGUCCAUGAACAAGUAUAUCGACAAGACGAACUUUUAUUUCAACUAACAGGGUGGGCAAAAUUUUUGACUAUCGUAGAUGGAGAAGAACUCUUUUCAUACAGAGGUAAAAGUCUCGACGAAAUACUCACUAUUGCACAAGAUUUACCAGUACCUGAAGAGGAUCCGGCGUUAGACGAUCAUAUUACCUCUGAAGAAUUAUUAGGAGACAAUCUCAGUUUGGAUUCGUUUGAAACUACCUGUUCAACAGAAAGUACAAUCAACAGAAUGGAAACGAACCUCAUGCAGGAGGUAUCAACAGACACUCAAGUCUCACAAUCAGGUGUGAUAGAAUGUUAUACUACAGACAAUAUUACUGAAGUGCCUUCGGAUCGUCGAAAGUGUGACAAAGUUACACAUACUACACAAGAAGCGCUUUCUGAAAAAGUAGGGGCGAGAGCCAGUACUGAAGACCGGAGGAUUGAAACACCAAAGAAAAAAAUAUCGAGUCACAGGGGAACUUUGAACACGAAGUCACCAAAAUCGCAGAAAUCACCAAGAAAAACGACAAUCGCGGAGAUAAAGCAGAAAUUGCAAAUAACUCCUGUAAAGAGAAGAGGAAAGAAACCAUUCACCUCAGAGCAAAUGUCUUUAAUGCAGAGACAUUUUUCGCAAUACAUAUCCAGGGGUCAUUUGGCACCACCGAAGCUGUGUGCAGAAUUUGUUGAAACGAACCAGCUCUUCUCUGAUCGCAGUGGUCGAGACGUGUACAACUGGAUCCAGUAUCAGAGAACUAAGCGAAGAUGAAACUAGUGGAUCAGCUGUCUCUUUUGUUUUUUUUUUUGUUUUGUUUACAAGUUGUGAUAAUUUUUGAUAUUUUUGUAAUUUUAAACACUGACUUUACAUGUUAAUAUUGUAUUAAAUUUUAUAAUAUAAUAAAAAAUGUCUUAAAUUCA